AUGAGUAAAUUUCGCAUCAGCUACAGUGCACUGGGUAUGUCUGAGGAAAGAUCAAAUAGUAGUUCGCCAACUGGCAGUUGGAAAGCGUUACGCAAUGUUAAUUUUCCCCCAGAGAUGUACGACGGGACCGGAUGCGGUGGACCGGGCGGCAGUCGGAACAGCAUUGCCAGCAGCAUCGGUAUGUCCGGCGGAUCUCGGCGUGGAUCUCGGUUCUUCCAGCGGCCACGGUCGAUGUCCGCCUGGAGUGACAUCAGCCGCAGCAGCAUGCGGAUGGACGAAAGGUAG